AUGGUUGCGGAAAAGGGACCAUUACUUUUCCAUCUUCUGGCUGUUCUGCUUCUUUCUUCAUCACCAGUUCUCAUAAGUUCCCAAGAACACAAGUAUAUCUCAUAUGCAAACCUUUCAACUUCAUGGAUCAACCAUCCUUCCCGGAUUGACAAUGGCAUAGCUGUUUAUAUAUCCUGGUCACCCGUCCUUCUGAGAGAAAGCAAUGGUGAUGGAAGAAAGUUUGGAUGCAGCUUCUACUGUAGAAACACCAACAAUGAAUGUGUUUUUGGAGUCCUGAUUUUUCCCAGCGUUGUUAACUUUACGCGAUACAAUUACUAUGGGUCCCCAGAAUUGGUAUGGUCUGCAAACAGGAACAGCCCUGUUGGAGUUAAUGCUAGUUUGCAGCUAAGACAAGAUGGAGAUCUGGUCCUGGAAAAUCCUGAUGGCACCUUGGUUUGGUCCACAGAUACUAGAGGGAAAUCUGUUGCAGGGUUGAACUUAACAGAACAGGGCAACCUGGUUUUGUUUGGCAGGAACAAUGAGGUCAUUUGGCAAUCUUUCGAUCAUCCUACGGAUUCAUUACUUCUGGGGCAGAGGUUGGUUACAGGGCAGAAGUUAACAGCAAAUGUUUCCGAAUUGAAAUUCAACACAGGUUUGUUCUCCCUUUCUGUUGACAGAGGUCGGUUGAUAGCAUAUGUAGAGUCUACUCCACCACAAAUAUACUAUGCCUCUGUACUGAAAGCUCUUUCUUAUGUUGAGUUUACAAAUGGGAGCUUCAAUGGCUCCGUCAUUCCUUCUGGAUCAGUAGAUCAAUUCCUAAAAUUGGGAUUUGAUGGUCACUUGAAAGUGUAUCAGUUUAAAGAAUCAUUUUGGACAGAAACUGCUGAUCUUUCUAACGAAAAAUUAGGACCUUGUGGGGAACCUUUAGUUUGUGGAAAUUAUGGCGUUUGUUCAGACGGAUUUUGUCGUUGUCCAGACACUGAAACUGGUCAAGGGAGCUUUUUUAGGCAAAUGGAUAAUUGGAAACCUAAUCUUGGGUGUUCAUUGGUCACUCCUAUCUCCUGCAAUCACUCCAAAAGACAUAGACUCUUGGAGCUAAAGGAUACAACUUACUUUGCUUUCGAAGCCAGCUUUGUGAAGAUGUCUAAAGGGAAGUCAGUGGAGGAUUGCAAAAGUAUGUGCCUUGGUAACUGUUCAUGUAAAGCGGUCCUCUUCAUGCUAGAUUCAUGGGGUGAAAACUUAGGGAGAAAAGGUGGAUGCUUGGUGUUGAAUGAAGUCUUUUCCAUUAUUAACAAGGACAGCAAUGCAAGUGCUGUGUCGAAUUACAACACAACUCUUUUUCUCAAAGUGCAAAAAUCUCAAGCCAUGUCGAGACGGAAGAAAAAGGAUAUAACCAUAGUUGCAUCAGCUAUUGGAACUUUUGCUGGCUUGUUUUCUGUAAUUGCGUAUUCCCUUGUGCAUUGUAGGAAGAGAUCAAAGGAAUCAAAGGAAAUGGAAGGGGGCUUCCUGGAACGUGUACCGGGAAUGCCUACAGCAUUCUCUUACGAGGACUUGAAAACUAUGACAUUGGAUUUCUCAAAAAAACUAGGGGAAGGAGGAUUUGGCAGUGUUUAUGAAGGGGUACUUGACAAUGGUACUAAGAUUGCUGUCAAAAGACUUGAUGGCUUCAGUCAAGUGAAUGAGUCCUUUUUGGUUGAAGUAGAGACGAUUGGUAGUGUCCAUCAUGUGAAUUUGGUCAAAUUGAUUGGGUUUUGUUUCCAAAAAUCACAUAGGCUUUUGGUUUAUGAGCACAUGGCAAACGGAUCAUUGGACAGGUGGAUAUUUAACAAAGAUGAAAGGCAUUGUCUUCCAUGGCAUACAAGAACUCAAAUAAUUAUGGACGUUGCUAAGGGAUUAGCUUAUCUCCAUGAAGAAUGCAGUCUGAAAAUAAUUCAUUUUGACAUCAAGCCCCAAAAUAUUCUGUUAGAUGAAGACUUCAAUGCAAAAGUUGCGGAUUUUGGAUUGUCAAAGCUGAUCGAGAAAGAUCAAAGUGCAGUUGUCACAAGGAUGAGAGGCACACCAGGAUACCUUGCUCCAGAGUGGUUGCACUCAAUUAUCACAGAAAAAGUGGAUGUAUACAGCUUCGGCAUCUUGGUCCUGGAAAUCUUUUGCGGGAGGAAGAACCUGGAUUGGUCUAGGGAAGAGGAAGAUAGGCAUUUGCUUGAAAUUUUUAAGAGAAAAGCAGAAGAUGGCGCACUUCAAGAAUUGGUUGACGGGAAAAGCGAGGAUAUGCAGCUCCACAUCGAGGAAGCUGAGGAGAUGAUGAAGAUUGCUGCGUGGUGCUUGCAGCACGAUUCCAUCAUGAGGCCUUCAAUGUCUCAGGUAGUUAAGGCAUUGGAAGGUUUUGUAGCAUCUGAAAUGAACCGGAAGCGUAAUUUCUUUUAUACACAAGUUGAUGACAGGCAGAAGGCUUCAGAUACUAGUGUCAUUAUGCCAUCACUUUUAUCUGGACCAAGGUAG